AUGGAUCCAGAACCAAUACCAGUACCAGCACCAGCACUGGAACACACGCUCGAGACGGCUCCGACCACAUCUCAACCACGGCCGCGGCCGGAUCGCUCGUCCGAGCAAGCACGGCGCGUCCGCACCAAAAACCGGCGGCUCGAGUUUCUACGAAGGCACCCUGAAUACUUGGCCUCGAGCGACCGCGAGUUUGCCAAUGUGGCGCUCUACAAUACGCUGGUGCGAUCGUUCCAGACGCCGGCCGAGCGUGCCGCCGAGGCACAGGACUCGGGGUUCGGGCAUGUUCUGGAGGCGUCGAUGCUCCGGAAUCCGGAGCCGCUGCACCGAGUGGACGACGAUGAGGUGGAGGAGGAGGAGGAUGACGACGACGUCGCGGCGCCGGCCGCAGAGGCUCAGCAUGAGAAGGACGACGCCAUCGACGAGCUCAACACCCUCCACCCCGACUUUGACCCAGAUCCGUCCCUCGACGUAGCCCCCCGCGACGCCGCCCUGCGGCGGUGGCACACGUUUGUGCGCAACUGGUUCGUGGACGGCGGCGCGGCCCUCGACGACGGCUUUGACUAUGCGGCCGUGGACGACGACAGCGAGUACGACGCGCUGGCACGCGCCGACGCGGAAGCUGCGUGGUUUGACGAGGAGUCGCCGGGCUGGGCGAGCGACGAAGAGGGAGACGGAAAGAAAAAGGAGAAGACGGGCGAGACGGGCAUCCAGGACUUUUAA